GUCACGUCGCCCCCGUCCCCUAACCAGAGGCCGGGCAACAUGGCGGCCUCCUUGCUGGCGUCAACGUCCGACCCGAGCGCCAAAUUCAAAUUUGCGGCCAUCUUGAGCGUGCGGAAUCCCGGCGCGCCGCGCGGCUGGAGGUGGGGGUAUCCGCUGCCUUGGUUUUGGGAUCCGGGGGUGAGGGCGCCAUGGCGCCCGGCUGCAAAACUGAGUUACGCACUGUGACAAAUUGUCAGUCUAACCAACCAAGUAAUGAAGGUGAUGCCAUCAAAGUUUUUGUGCGAAUUCGUCCACCUACAGAAGGUUCUGGAUCAGCUGAUGGAGAGCAAAACUUAUGCUUAUCUGUGCUCUCCUCUACCACUCUCCGGCUUCACUCCAACCCUGAGCCCAAGACCUUCACAUUUGAUCAUGUCGCAGACAUGCACACCACUCAGGAGUCCGUGUUCUCAGCUGUGGCCAAGGGCAUUGUGGAAUCUUGCAUGAGCGGUUAUAAUGGUACCAUCUUUGCAUAUGGACAGACGGGCUCAGGGAAAACAUUUACGAUGAUGGGACCAUCUGAAUCAGAUCAUUUUUCUCAUAACCUGAGAGGAGUAAUCCCACGAAGUUUUGAAUAUUUGUUUUCCUUAAUUGAUCGUGAAAAAGAGAAGGCUGGAGCUGGAAAGAGUUUCCUUUGUAAGUGCUCCUUUAUUGAAAUCUACAACGAACAGAUCUAUGACCUACUGGACUCUGCAUCAGCCGGACUGUACUUAAGGGAGCACAUCAAGAAGGGAGUCUUUGUUGUUGGUGCAGUGGAACAGGUGGUGACCUCAGCUGCUGAAGCCUAUCAGGUGCUGUCUGGAGGAUGGAGAAACAGACGUGUGGCAUCGACGUCAAUGAAUAGAGAAUCUUCUCGGUCUCAUGCAGUUUUUACAAUUACAAUUGAGUCAAUGGAGAAAAGCAAUGAGACUGUGAAUAUACGGACCUCCCUACUCAAUCUGGUGGACUUAGCAGGAUCUGAAAGGCAAAAAGACACCCAUGCAGAAGGGAUGAGGUUAAAGGAGGCAGGUAACAUAAACCGGUCGUUGAGCUGCCUGGGCCAAGUGAUUACUGCGCUUGUCGACGUGGGUAAUGGAAAACAGAGGCACGUUUGCUACAGAGACUCCAAACUUACCUUCUUACUUCGGGAUUCCCUUGGAGGCAAUGCCAAAACAGCCAUAAUCGCAAAUGUUCAUCCUGGAUCCAGGUGUUUUGGGGAAACCCUAUCAACACUUAAUUUUGCUCAGAGAGCCAAGCUGAUUAAAAAUAAGGCAGUGGUAAAUGAAGACACCCAAGGAAAUGUAAGCCAGCUCCAAGCUGAAGUGAAGAGGCUCAAAGAACAGCUGGCCCAGUUUACUUCAGGGCAGUUACUACCGGAAAGCUUUCUGACCAAAGACAAAGAUGAGACUAAUUAUAUGAAGUAUUUCCAAGAGGCGAUGUUGUUCUUUAAGAAAUCCGAACAGGAAAAAAAGUCUCUGGUAGAAAAAGUUACCCAAUUAGAAGACCUCACCCUCAAAAAAGAAAAAUUUAUUCAAUCUAAUAAAAUGAUUGUGAAAUUCCGAGAGGAUCAAAUAAUGCGCCUGGAGAAGCUCCACAAGGAAUCCCGGGGAAGUUUUCUGCCUGCAGAGCAGGAUCGCUUGUUGUCGGAAUUAAGGGAUGAGAUCCAAACUCUGCGGGAACAGAUAGAGCACCACCCCAGAGUUGCAAAGUAUGCUAUGGAAAACCAUUCCCUCCGGGAGGAGAACAGAAGAUUGAGAUCAUUAGAGCCUGUGAAAAGAGCCCAAGAAAUGGACGCCCAGACCAUUGCCGUACUAGAAAAAGCUUUCUCUGAACUAUCUGGCACAGAGAAAAAGGACAAGGGUCAACAGGGAUUUUCUCCUAAAGCUCCAAAGGAGCCAUGUUCAUUAGUGAACACUGAGAAGUUGAAAGCACAACUCUUGCAAAUUCAGACAGAGCUGAAUAACUCAAAGCAAGAAUAUGAAGAAUUCAAAGAACUAACGAGGAAAAAGCAGCUAGAAUUGGAAUCAGAGCUUCAGUCCUUGCAAAAAGCAAACCUUAAUCUUGAAAACCUUUUGGAAGCAACAAAAGCCUACAAGCGGCAAGAAGUUUCUCAGCUGAAUAAAAUUCAUGCUGAAACGCUUAAGAUUAUCACUACGCCAACCAAGGCUUACCAACUUUGGUCUCGACCAGUACCAAAAUUAAGCCCCGAAGUGGGGAGCUUUGGCCCUGUGGGCACUCAGAAUUCCAGUGAGUUGGAUGAUAAUAUCUUGAAUGAGCCAGUUCCACCUGAGAUGAAUGAACAAGCUUUUGAGGCCAUUUCUGAAGAGCUUAGAAUGGUGCAGGAACAAAUGAGUGCCCUUCAAGUGAAGUUGGAUGAGGAAGAACAUAAAAACCUAAAGCUUCAGCAGCACAUUGACAAACUGGAACAUCAUUCCAUACAAACGCAGGAGCUUUUCUCAUCAGAAAGAACUGAUUGGACCAGACAGCAGCAAGAGCAUCUCUCACAAUUGAAUGUCCUUGAAGUGCAGCUUCGGGACACUCAGACUAAGAAUGACUUUUUGAAAAGUGAGGUGCAUGACCUGCGAGUCGUUCUUCAUUCCGCAGACAAGGAGCUAUCUUCCGUGAAACUGGAGUAUAGUUCAUUCAGAGAGAGUCAGGAGAAAGAACUGAGUAGCCUUUCUGAUCGACACGCGCACGCACAGCUUCAGCUGGAUAGUGUCAGAUUAGAAAAGGAAAAGCUUCUUGAGAGCAAAGCCUGCCUACAGGAUUCCUAUGACAACUUACAAGAAGUAAUGAAGUUUGAAAUUGACCAACUUUCAAAAAACCUCCAAAACUGCAAAAAAGAAAAUGAAACUCUGAAAUCUGAUCUGAAUAAUUUGGUGGAGCUUUUUGAGGCAGAAAAAGAACGCAAUAACAAAUUAUUAUUACAAUUUGAAGAAGAUAAAGAGAACAGUUCUAAAGAAAUCUUAGAAGUUCUUGAGGUCGUACGUCAGGAGAAACAGAAAGAGAUGGCCAAGUGUGAGCAGCAGAUGGCAAAAGUACAGAAACUGGAAGAGAGUUUAUGUGCUACAGAAAAACUAAUCCGUUCUCUGGAGAAGUCUAGAGAUGCUGACAAGGAAGUUGUAGCUGACCUCAUGAGCCAGGUCCAGGAGCUGAGAACAGCGGUCUGUGAGAAAACAGAAACCAUAGACACCCUGAACCAAGAACUGAAGGACAUAAGUUGCAAAUACAACUCUGCUUUGGCUGACAAGGACGAGUCCAAAGUGUUGAUUAAGAAACAGGAAGUGGAGAUUCUGGAUCUGAAAGAAGCCCUUAGACUGAGAAUACUCUCCGAGGACAUAGAGAGGGAUAUGCUCUGCGAGGACCUGGCCCAUGCCACUGAGCAGCUGAACAUGCUCACAGAAGCCUCGAAGAAGCACUCGGAGCUGCUGCAAUCUGCACAGGAGGAGAUGACCAGGAAGGAGGCCCUGAUCCAAGAACUUCAGCACGAGCUGAACCAGAAGAAGGAGGAAGUAGAACAGAAGAAGAAUGAAUAUAACUUCAAAAUGAGACAGCUUGAACACGUAAUGGAUUCUGCUACCGAGUAUCCCCAGAGCCCUAAAACACCACCUCAUUUUCAAACACAUUUGGCAAAACUCCUGGAAACACAAGAACAAGAGAUAGAAGAUGGAAGAGCCUCUAAGAUUUCUCUGCAACACCUUGUAACAAAGCUAAACGAAGACAGAGAAGUCAAAAAUGCUGAAAUCCUCAGGAUAAAGGAGCAGUUGUGUGAAAUGGAAAGCCUCCGCACGGAAGCUGAGCAGUUGCGAGAAAGAAACUGGCUCCUGCAAAGUCAGCUGGACAAUCUUGAGAGGGAAAAGAGCAACAGUGAACAGAAUCAUCUAGAUCAUCAACAACUGAGGAAUGAACAAGAAGAAAUGAUCAAAGAAAGACUUGCUAAAAAUAAAUUAGUUGAAGAAAUGCUGAAAAUGAAAGCAGACCUAGAAGAAGUCCAGAGUGCCCUUCAGAACAAAGAGAUGGACUGCCUUAGAAUGGCUGAGGAAGUCGAGCGAACCAGAACUUUGGAAUCUAAAGCGUUCCAAGAAAAGGAACAGCUGAGAUCAAAGCUGGAAGAACUGUAUGAGGAAAAGGAGAGAAUAUUCCAGGAGAUGGAAAUGUUAAGGAAGCAGGUGGAGUGUCUUGCUGAGGAAAAUGGGAAGUUGGUCGGUCACCAGAACCUGCAUCAGAAGAUUCAGUACGUCGUGCGGCUGAAGAAGGAGAAUGUCAGGCUCGCUGAGGAGACAGAAAAGUUGCGUGCUGAAAAUGUAUUUUUAAAAGAAAAGAAAAGGAACGAAUCGUAAGGCUCUUGGUCAACCACCUACCUAGGCAUCACCUUUCUGGAGAAUUUCUUUCCUCUUGCAAAAGGAAGCCCUGCCCUUGCGCAUCUGACAAAGCUGAAUCGAGGAGCGUAAUUACUAACUGUGUAUGUGGCAUUGGGGGCUGACCUUCAAGUUUCUGAUGAAUGUUCUGCAUUCAUACUCACCCUGUGGCAGUUGGCAAUGUACUAUUUCGAAGUUACCAUCCCAUUUCAAUGCUUUCAACUCUACAUACUGGGAAAACCUUUUGCCUUUUUAAAAUAAAAACUGUAGCUAAGGUUUACAGUGGAUGUUGGCCAGGUUAUUUUUUCCUUAGAUACUAUCUUCCAUAAUCUCCUUUGAGUCUUAUAGCAGCAGCUCUAAUGAUACGUAGUGGUUUCAAAACUUGCCAUGACGUUAAUCCUAUUGAGUAGCAUGUACGAAAGGCAAACUUGUUAAUAUAGAUUAUUUUUGUAUCCUUACUUUCAGUAUUCUGAGCAUUUUUUUAUGACUGUAAAUAUGGCCAUUUUUUCAAAAUAUAAUAAAAUCCUUUAAAAAUUAACAGUUUAAUAAAGUGA